ACGAGGGCACAGUUCCCAGGGAUGGUGCAUCUAGCAGGUGCAUCCCCCUCCGCCUCCCCGUCUUCAUCUUCCUCCUCCCUCGCUCACUCUCCGUCGACCGCUGUGCUGCCUCCCCCUCCCUCCUCUGUUCGGAACGGCGGCUCAUGGAUGGCAGCUGGAUAUUCAUCGUCGUCACCGCGGCUAAAAUGAUCCGAUACUGCUUUUUUAGCACAUGAUUCGAGGGCGUACGUGGGGGCGAACACGCUUCUUGCGAGCUCUUCGCGGGUCCCGUUCGCCUGGAUGCUACGGUGCCAGAACAAGGGAUUUUUUUUUUCCCUCCUGGAUGGUGAAGAGAAUCAAGUCGACACACCGUCGUUCCCCUGUGGUGGAAUGUGAAGAGACGUGAGGUUUUCUGUGCCGCAGCGCUCCGUCGAGACAUCAGGGUGCUGAGCGAGAAGCUUCCCAGAAAUCUGAUCCACGGCCACCUCGAGAUGCAGCAGGAUUGCAGAUCCAUCCACCCUGCAAUGGAGCUACACCCCUCCUCUUCCUGCCGCCUUUUUUGACGUAAAAUUCAUUCGAUCCGUCUGAUUGUGAUGCAAUUGUGUGUGCCAUCAGAUAGAAAUAAGCUCUAUAAUCCAGGGAAACAGACCAAGGAUGGGAUAUCCAUGAAUCUUUGAAGGAUUCGGAGGAUUUUACUGAAGUGGAAGACACUGGCAUUUUUCCAUAGAGACGAAGGGUUAGCGCCACCUUGCAAAUUUCUCUCCCUGAUGAGACAAUCGUGCUCUGUCUUGGAUGGUACCUGUGCAUGUUAAGUAGUGAAGGUGCCCACUGCAGUGGCACCAAUACCAGGCUCCUGGCAGAUGCCAAAGCCAUCAAAGUUCUUUGUUCGUGUCCACUGAAGGUUGGUGGUGUUUUUUCUCAGAUUUUCCACUGAAAUUAAUGACAGUCAUUUGAAGAUUUUCUGGGUCAGCGUUUAUUGCUGCCCCAUCUUUCUCCAGUCAGAUAUUUUUUUUAUUCAGGCUUGUCAGUCGCAGAUUUUUCUGGUUGCUUUUCUCCUUGAUGUCUUAGCUGGGUUACUGAUGUGUCUACCAGGAUUCACCCUCCAUGAGCCAUAAGGGCUGUCAGGGAAGAAUGAGCCAGUGUUCCGGUCCAGCUGUAUCAGGGGCGGUAAUCCUGGGAGAGCCUGAGGGACCCAGAGCCUCUGUUGAAGAGGCGGAGGACCAGGCCCAAAACCAGGGCCCACUUCGCUGUGCAGUCUGGCCUCGUCAGCAGACAUGGCUUUGUGCAGUUCCCUUACUCAUUGGCUGCAUUGGUCUUGGGCUAAGUCUGAUGCUCCUCAAGUGGAUAAUCGUCGGAACCGUACGAGAUUAUGUGCCAACGGACCUGGUGGAUGCUAAUCGGAUUGGCCAGGAUCCAAUUUUUCUUUCCAAACCCAGUGGGAUCCCUAAAUAUCCUGAGACCACAACAACAACAACAACAACUCCUACUGUUGAGGGCAGUAACACGAGGACUGUCACAGAGUCAAGAUCGAGAACUCAAGGCACAUCUACCACAUAUCCAAAAGGGGGACGUAGCCAAGUGACCCAGCGAAAUCCCGGGAAUCGUCGAGGACCGGCAGGAUUUACUACAAGCACCACAUCCAUGCGCACAACUUUUGGAAUUGGAUUGGUGACAUCCAGCAUAUCUCUGAAUCCAACAGUUCUUCAUGAUUCCACGCCAAUGUGGACCCGGGAACCUACCACAACUGAGACCACCACACAUUCAACCCGCUCUCAUGGUCACCGCAAAACAUCCUCACCAACUGCUCCAUCGCUACACUCCGAGCACUUCAAGCCAUGCCAUGAGAAGGACCUAGCAUACUGCCUGAACGGCGGCGAAUGCUUCGUUAUCGAGACACUCAGUGGACCUCACAAGCACUGCAAGUGUCGUGAAGGGCACCAGGGAAUUCGCUGUGACCAGUUCCUGCCCAAGACUGACACCGUCCUGUCGAGCCCCAAUCAUCUGGGCAUUGAGUUCAUGGAGAGUCAAGGCGUUUACAAGAGACAGGUCCUGUCAAUCACAUCAAUCACCAUGGCAAUCAGUCUUCUGGGCACUUUGUGUGUUGCCCUCUACUGUCGUACCAAGAGGCGCAGGGAGAAGCUACACGCUCAACUGAAAGAGAGUCGUAGUCUGAUAAAUUACACCACAAGCUGUGGAGACUCAAAGGCUCGUUACCAUGGCAAUAUGCAAACGCAUCAGUUCUGCAGACGAGAUGCUCAUUGUCAUGCCAGCGAGGCUGGCAAGUGUUUCAAUGUGGCUGCUGCCUUGAGAGGUGGAGUCCAAGUUCACAGUUGCUUGUCAGAGAACAAAACCAACUCUGUCCUCCAAAUGCAAACACUGGUUUCCAUGGGAACUGCAGGGCAGUGGAGCAACCAGAUGCAGGAAGAAUCUGACCCCGUCCAGCGUGUUCAAGGGAUGCCGCCUCCGAUACACUCAUGUUCUGUCCCCAUCAUCCCUUCCGUCCACUGUCAUCAUGUGAACGAGGCUUGUUGUAUGCAAACUGCAACCACCAAGCCAACGGCGGUGAUGUCGUCUGUUGAGAGGAGGCACAAAGUGGAAACAGCGCCGGUCACGCCAUCGACCUUUGUACCUGCUGGUGGCCAGGAGGAGGCCGUAUUGCUGCUGCAACAAGCACAGGAGCAGCUGAGGGCUUUAGCCCACUGGGGACAGGAAGUGGGCUCAGCUCCUCCUCUGGUGGCAGCCAGAGAGACAGUCUGUUUCCUAAAAACAGCCUCAUAUCAUGGACCUACACAGACACUGCUUCUCUGCAAAUCACACAGAGACAUCGGCCUCUGCAGCCAAUGAAAGAAUGCAGCUGCUGUUUAAAGCUGAGCUCUCGACCCUUGUGAGAACUGCCGAUAUGCAGCUGAUUCAAACACCUGACAGAAAUACACCCACUAAAUGCAGAGAAAUUUAAGAAACCAAAUAGCCGUCCUCCACCUGUGUUUUUAAUUGUAAAAUAGAACAUAUGAAAAUAUAUAAAUACAAACAGAUAGUAUAUAAAUAUACAGCAUUGAACAAGUGACCAAUGGGAGAAUUCAUGAAUGAUGAUGUAACUUAUUUUUUGUAUCAACGUCACAUUACUUCAUUACUUUAUGGUAAAUUAUCUGAAUGUAUAGCUACAGUCAUGAUGAUGAGUCCAUCAAGGAGGAGACGGUGUUCACAGGGCCUGGGAUUCUCUGUGUGUACGUAUGUGUGCAUGCAUACGUCCAUGUGUGUUGUUCAAUGUUAACAUAUGUGAAAACUAGGUGUGCAUGGGUGCGUGCCUGAGGGUGUGGGAGAGUGUGUCUUUUUUCCUCAUAUAACCCAUCAUUGGUGCAUUUCAUCCUUUUUUUCUCAUUUUUAAUGCAGACAUGUGAAAUGGGGAGGUUAAAAGGAUAAAGGUCACCUCCACUUGGGAGGUUCUUGCCACUGGCAACAGAUGAGCGUGUUCAUUUGAAAGAGGAAAUAAAAACAUCUAUUGUCUCUGA